CUUUUCCUUCCUUCUGUAACGAAUGAUGUUUAUCAUCACAAUAGAGUCGAUAACCAUACCAUUAUAUUUCUUAUACGGUACUAGUGCAAAGAGGAUGUGUUGUAGUAGGUAGGCCGGCAGGCAUCCUCGUAAACUCUUCAGGGACUUGUUCCCUGUGAAUGAGAGGUUAGCAUGACGUCAUCAAUGUCAACAAUGCAGCUCUUGGAGGGGAAAAGGCGUUCCAUCCUAACACGAAGAGAAAGCUGUCCACGUCGCACCGAUUGCUAACGACACGCUAUUAAAACAUUGAUUUAUGCUACACAAGGACACUGGGGGGUUAACCAUCAUGCAGACGUACUUUUAUUUGUGAGAACCUACUGUGGACGAGCAGAAAAACGGUAGCCACUGGAAGGGAUGUCGGCAGGUGAUCAACAGGAGAGUGAAGCAGCAGCCCCUGUAUAUGUGUAUGAGUCCAAGGUCCACUGUGCCAAUGUGUUAUUGAGCCUUGAGGAGCAGCGGAGACAGAGCAUCCUGUGUGAUGUCACUGUGUUGGUAGAGGGUAGGGAGGUACGAGCACACAGGGCCGUCCUCGCUGCUAGUAGCCGCUACUUCCUACAAGCCCUGCUGGGAUACAAUGGGCCGCCAGGAGAAACCAUCAUUCACCUCCCUGAUAAGGUUACUGCAAAAGGCUUUGCCCCACUUCUCCAGUUUGCCUACACCGCCAAGCUUAUUUUAAACCAAGAGAACAUCCAUGAGGUAAUCCUGUGUGCUGACUUCCUGGGUGUUCACAAUUUAGAGGAUUCCUGUUUCCGGUUUCUUCAAGCCCAGCUACAGAAUGACACCCAACUGACGAGUAAUGACAAGGUGGAAUAUGAUGCUGAUACAGCCAAUAAGAUCUUUUCUGAGACAACAGUUACAGACAAUUUUACAGACAGGCAGCAUACUAGCAAUAAGGUGACCACAAAUCCAUUUCCUACUGAUGUUCCUGAAUGUCCUAAAUACGGGAAUUAUCAGUAUCAGCACAACAGUGAAACUCAUGAUGGUGGUGAUGACGAUGACGAUGAUGAUGAUGAUAUCUUAGCCAACCAAGCCUCCGCCAGCCCGGAGAGCUCACAGCUCACAGACUGCAAUGAUGUUGCUCAAACAAUUCUUAGCCCCUUCAGAUUCAAAGAGGAACCUGACUUUGAAGAAGAAAGAGAUCAGCAUGGAUGCAACCCAGAAUUGUUUAUGGAAGAGGUGCUGGAAAUGGAAUUAGAGGUAGAUGGGGUUCCUGUAGCAAUUGAGCAUUCUCCGAGCAGGGGGUCUCCUUCAUCCUGCUUGCACUCAUACCUCCAAAGAGGAGGGCUGGAUCUUAGCGACAUGCCAAGCACGACCAUAGAGCAACUCCUCUCUAACAGACUAUCCCUCAACCAUUAUAGAGAAGUAGUCAAACACAGACAGAAAGACAAAAGGGAAGCAAUGAUGAAUCUUAAAACUAGCAGUGCCAAUGUACCAGCACCCAUGACCAACACUGACAGGCCAAUGCUUAAAGCCUCAUCAUCCAAACGAGAACUGGAGCUAGACAGACGUAGUGUAAUUUUCUCUUCAGCAGUAGGUGAUCAGCCACAAAUCAUAGACAACUGUAGUGAUGAAAAGUUUAGUGAAAAGGUCUCAGGCUUAAUGCCGACUGAUAUUUCUUCUGACAGGUCAUGUCUUAUUCCCAAAUGCCGUGCUCCUGUCAAGACACCAACUUAUUCCCUUGUCUCUUCUGAGCCCCAAAAUCAGACUCACAAGUUUGAUUCUUCAUUUUCAUAUGCAGAAGAUGGAGGAAUUGGCAGCCCACCUUCCAACAUCCAUCAGUUUGACUUGUCCCUGUCCCCACACGCUAGCUGCAUCCAUGGACUAUCUCAGUUCCCAGGAAAGAGAGAAGAGCCACGGGAGCUCCACAGUCGAGAAAUUGUCUUUUCUCAGAGUUGUGCUAAGAUCAAAACAGAGCAAGGAUUUGGUGCCAGUGGUGGAAACUCAAGUGACGAGUCGGGGUCUUUCUCAGAAGGAGACAGUGAAAGUGGCGUCAGAGUACCUGGACCUGAGGUAAACCUACCUUUUCCUGUGGACCAGAUCACCAACCUGCCACGCAAUGAUUUCCAGAUUCUCAUCAAGAUGCACAAAUUGACCUCAGAGCAGCUGGAGUUCAUUCAAGAUAUUCGCCGUCGCAGUAAAAACCGGAUUGCUGCCCAGCGCUGUCGCAAGCGGAAGCUGGACUGCAUCCAGAACCUGGAAAGUGAGAUCCGCAAGUUGGUGUGUGAGAAAGAAAAACUGCUGAGUGAGCGCAAUCAACUGAAGGUGUGUAUGUCUGAGUUAUGGCAGAACCUCUCCUUCCUCUCCCAUCAAGUCUGCAGAGAUGGGCACGUCAGCCAUUCUCCUCCCAUUUCCACCAGUAUUGACCUCAUAUCGAACCUGCCAUUACCACCUGCAGAUGAGUCAUACCAAACAAAAUCACUUCAAGGAAACAAAGUUGGAAGUCUGUCAGAGAUCGUUCCUAAUGCAGGGAAGCUGAAGGAUGAGCAGCUGGGAGUCGCGGUCUCUGGUCAGGGGAACCCACUCGUGUUUGAUUCAACAGAGGAAGUAUUCAGUCCCACAGUAACUGUGGAUUUCUGUCAGGAAAUGAUUAUGAAAUGCACAACAGAAGAACAGAAGAGACAUGACGGUACUUAAAGUUCAGUUGUGAAGAUUUCCCCCGUGACAUUUUCAUACCUGUCUGUUACAAUAUUAUGUAAUAUUUAAAAAUGUUUCAUAAUGGACAGAAAUUUUCCUUAAAGCAAUAGUGCUCCACAGGUAUUUUCUGGACUGGUUAAAAAAAAAAAAACUGGCAGCUAUCUAUCUCUUUGUUGGUCUCAUCUUGACAUUUGUAUCUCCUGUCAGCAACCAUCCCUCCUGCGUCCAUCGCGGGAUGUUAAACUCAGGAAUGUCUAUAAAUGCUCACCCAAUUUCUUUUUUUAUGUUUAACAUGAUCUUUAUCUUUUGUCUGCAUUUUUACAGCAAAUCUGGCAAACUCAUUGCAGGGAAAAACAGCUCAGCCUUGCAGACUCAUUAAACCUACAAUUACGUUUUGUCAUUUAUUGGCCAUCUGAAUCUCUUUUGGUCUCUGAUCUUCAACUGAAUUUACAAAUCCACAUUAAUAGUGGAAUGUAAACAGAGAAGAACAUAAAGCAUUUUGGUUGCAGUUUGGUUGUAGUUUGUAACACGAAAAUUAACUUUGGUAGAGAAGAGACUCUUUAUGUAUAUGUCACCGGUCAGUACACUCUUAAAAGGGUGAUGAAUUGGCAGGGAUUUACUGGUAAAAGUUUAUUCCAUCAACAAUAGAUGCAUAAAACAUUGCGUACAAUAUCAAAUUAAGCCUAAUUGACAGUGUUGUGGUGAAUGGUGGAAAUAAUUAUUUGUUGGUCCUAUUGUUUAAGAGGUACAGCAGUAAUAGCAUUGUCCUAGUCCCACUGAAUGUCAUUGUUUUCACUUGUUAAUUAAGAGACAGUUAACAUAUAAAACAUACUUAGUCCUCUUUAUUUUCCUUUCAGAUUUUUGUGUAUAUCCGGGAUAUAAUGGCUUUAAAGAGGCUAAUCUGACAUAUCCCACUUAACUUCAGUUUUAUUUAAAAACCAAAAAAAAAGGCAAAUUGUAAUGAUUUUUAGUUUCUUCUGUAAGAUCAGUGUUACUGUGCUUGUUAAAUGAGGUAAUCAAGAAGUCAACAAAGUCAGCAAUUUCAGUGUUUGAAUAUUUUGUCAAAUGAAUUGUUGAAACAAAUGUCACAACAAUGACAUUGCACGUUCGCGUUAAGAGAUUGCACAGACGAUUGGUGCUCUUGUUGCGUGCAAUAUAAUGUACUAAGGUUGAAAUUUUUUACAAAGUUUUCAAAUAUCCAUUGCCAAAUUUUGUAUUCACUCACUCAAGAGGUUUUGCAUGCUGGUUGCAACAUGCGUAAAAGUGUUGGAGGUAGCUAUUUUUAUAAGAGAGUUUUGUUCUUAAGGGAGUUUUGAAUGUUUUCACCAUGGAAUAUUUAGGAGAACCGUAAGGGAAAAAUCAAGUUUGAAGUGAUGGAAUUGGAAGUGUUAGUGAGAGACUGUGACAUGACUGAAUUACACAAAUGUAUCACACCUACAAUUUGUGAAAAAUGGCAACAAAAAACAUUUUUUGUUUGAUGUAUUUUGCAACAAAUGCAUUGUAAUUGUAUGCAAGUGCCCAUCAUGCAUAACACUGGGUUUUACUCUUAUUACUUAUCUUACUCUGUUAUUUUUAACUACAGUAUUUGAAUAUACUCCUCCCAGAAUGCGUAAAAUAAAUUGCAUGCCAAUGUUAUGCUUUUAGCAGAUGCAAUCCUGGGUGUAUUCAGUUAGUAUGUACUGUAAAUGUGGAUCUGGUUUUCAUGAAAUGAAAUUUGUGUGUUUAACACAAACCUUCAGUAAACUAGGGCCAUAGAUUGUGUAUAUAUGGGGAGGCCCAAACUAUUUUAUUAUGUGACGCUAUACCACAAUUUGAAAAUCCCAAGUUUACACAAGAGUCCCAAUUUGUUGAAAAAAUUAGUGGUAUUCACUAUGCAUCUUGAUCUGAAGGGUUUAUUGAUGAGUGUUCUUGAAAAAAACAUUUGGGGUUUGCCUUGAGUGCUUUCUAGUUCACUAAGGUUAAGAAUGAGUGUACUGUUUCCACCAUCAAUGGACUAAAACAAAUGGUACACAUGCAUAGUUAUUCUAUUUCUGUUUAUAUAUGUAUAUAUAUAUAUAUAUAUAUUUCCUUUUUUCUUCAAAAGAGCACCCCCAAACCUACUCACUCUUAACAAAUUGUGUAUCAUUUAAAGUGACAAUUAGUGCAGUAGGUGGCACGGUGAGGGUGGUUAGAGAGUCUGGCUCACAGUUCUGAGGACUGGGGUUUAGAUCCCAGCCCUGCCUGUGUGGAGUUUGCAUCUUCUCCCAUGCCUGCAUGGGUUUUCUCCAGGCUCUCCGGUUUCCUCCCACAUCCCAAAAACAUACAUUAACUGGAGACUCUCUAUGCCAAAGCUCUACACCUGGUCCACCUUGCUGCCUUCAUAGUUUUUUAUUUACACGAAACAUUCCAUGUCUAAAACUAUUCAACCCUCUUUCUAAUUCAGGAAUAUCAUAUGUGGAAUUUAUAGUAUAAAGAGCGGUAAGGUAGCCAAUAAUGUUAGAAAAGAUUUUACAUUCUCAAACUUGUCUGAUAAAAUCAUGCAUAUCAAUCACGAAAUGUAACAGUUGAUGAAAAUAUCAUGUUUCAUAAGUGUCUCCAACACAAUUUCUUCAAAUUCCUAAAUAUCUUCCCCCAUAUUUUGGAGAUGGACAGUUGUUUUUAUGCUGCUUUGAAAAUGCAAAAACGAAAUAUGAUUUGUUUAAUACAAAUCAAAACACUUUCAAAUUUGAAGUUAGUUGCAUCUCAGUUAACAAUUUCAAAUUUGUACCAGUCCAAUUUGUGAUUUUCACAAAUAGCGAAAUUGAAACCAGAUCUGGAUGACAGAGCUAUAUCUUGUCCCAUUCACACAUCGUACAUCUAUGGGGACACAAAACAAAAAUAUUUUUGUCAGCAUAGGUAUCUCUUUGCCAAAUAACAUAUCUUGUGAAGUUCAAAAAUACACACAGUACAUUACUGACUUAAAGUCAUGCCAAAUUCAUCUGAUGGUGUUAAGUCAAUAGAGAGGCACAUGGCAAGGGUGAAUAUUGCUGCCAUCUGCUUUCAUGCAUUAGUCACCACUUUGCUGCUGGUCGGACAGCUUUGUAGAGGAGCAUGUUUACUCCAUAUUGAAUGGGUUCCGUUUUAAUGCCACAUACUGUAUAAUGCAGUUGUAGUUAUUCACUAAAAGUAUUCUACUUUACCCUACAAACUAAAUUGACUGUUACCCAGACCCUGGGAAAACCUUGCAUAGCUAAUGGUUUUCUUAUUUGAAAUUUUGGCUUGUUUAUCAGAGUAGAAUAAAUAAUGAUCAUCGUCAUAUUGUGUACUUUUUAAACGUCAACUUGAUUAAUUUGGGGUUUGGGUAGGGUGUAGGUCAAAUUAAAUAGAUGGGGGGGUUGAUUCUCAGAGUGUUUACUAUAUAGUUAUAUUUCACAAUUUCAUGGAAUUACACAUCUUAAUUUGCUAGUCACACGUGUACUGAUGUUGAAAUUGUUUCCUCAAGAUGAGUGAGCAUGUUUACAAUUUUAAUGUCCAUCCAUCCAUCCAUCCAUUUUCUGAACCCCUUGUCCUCUCAAGGGUCGCGGGAACAAUUUUAACGUGUUGCAGUUUUUUUUUUUUUUGUGACAAUACUGCUAAGACCCCAUUAUUUAAAUACAAAACCGUUUUGUUUUACGAAAAGUAAACUCGCUAAAUGUUAAUUAAUUUGUAAGAACAAUUACAAGUCUUAAAAGUGUUAUUUUACUUCAACAAAGGCUAGGUUAACCGGGAAGGUUAGGAUUUUAUGUCUUGUAAAUUGUCACAUCAUACUCGUUAAGCACUUGGUUACCUCAGCUGAGGCCACCACAAAAGGGGAAACUACAAUUGUAUAUAUAUUGUAAAUAUAUCAUGUAAAUAUGGAGAAGAAAAUUGUUCAGUAAUAAAUAAAUAAUCAGUCAAUCCAAAUAAAGUAGUUGUACUUCUCGCCUUCAAAUUACAAUUAGAGUAGUGAGUGAUCUGUCCAGGUUUUAGCAAGCCUCUUGCCCAUGAUAAAUAAUUGAUUAAUAUAUGAGAUAAACAUUACCAAUAACAAAUUUUACGCAAAAUCUAAAAAUAGCUUUAAUAAUAAUCAGAACGACUGUUUUCAUUUAGACUUUUUUUGAUUAUUGUGUUCCUCCUUAUAGAUGAUAAUUGAAAUACUACUCCAGAUACUACUGAGCUUAUGAAAAUGGGUGUUUGGAAAAUGCAGCACGUGAUAUCAAAAUAAAGUGUCAAAAUUUAGUACUUAUAAAAUAAUAAGGUUCACAUUCUUGUACUGUUUCUGCAGUCUGAAAAUGUCAUGAAAUUAAUUGCCACGUGCUCUGAAUUUCGCAUUAUAUUAUUUUGAUGUAGUGAAUUGAUGAUGCAAUCAGAGGUGUUGAUAGAGAAGGAAACAUUGUGAUAUAAAGUGUGUUUUUCUCCUGCUGGUACAAAAAAAUAAGACCCAUGUUUUGCUACGUAUUCUGAAUAUAUUAAUGAAUCAGGAAAUAGUAACUGCUGGGACAGAAUUAUAAAAAUUUAAGUCCCACAGUAAAACACACCUUGCAUUGCCCUCUGUGCGUGUUAAUAUUCAAUUUGUGUUUCAAUGAAUCUUCCAUGGCACUGAGUGUACCAAGAGUUAAUUAUUCUAAGACAAGCCCUAAAAACAAAUGUUGAUUUGCGAUUAAUUUGAGACUCAGUAUUUAAAGACUGCAGUAUUUUAUUUAUACUGUGGUGUACCAAAUUCUUAUUGCUGUAAUAUUAGACUAUAGAACAAAUUUUAGUGGAAAUUGCUGAACAUAAUUAUGAUGAGCAUUGUAGUUUUCAGCAAAGGAUAUUCAAGUGUCCACAAUCUCUGAAUGCACCACGCACAAUAAAUUUUACACUAUUCAAUUGCUUGCUUUCUCAUGCCUUUCUCUUGCUGGUUACCAAACCAGGAUAGAAUACAAAUUAAGUACUUAUUAAACUGAUUCGUUUACAAUGGCCAUGAACCUGGAGCCAUUCCUGUUAUAAACAGCUUUGCCUAUUUCUCUGAUUGUGGCUUUGGAGAUUUCUCAAAACCUCACUUGAACUAAGCUUAAAACAUAUCUACCUGGAUAAUUUAGCAUACCUCUUUUUGUGAGUAAGAACUGUAUGAUAGACAUAGUUUGUGUGAUGUUGUUUCUAACUUUUUAUAGUUCCAACAUUAAUCUAUUUGUAGAUUUUGGUGGUACAUUUUUACAUCCUUUUUUAAGUACCAACAACAUGACUGUUAUAUGCAGAUUCACCAUUAAUGUUUUGCUUUUGUACUUCUGAAUGUUCAAAUGACACGUUUAGAUAUUUUUUUGUAAAUAUGUGUCACAUUCUUUUAAUAUGAAACUGUUUUGAAGACGAACCAACUUUUUUGUCAAGGCAAAUUUUGUUGAGAAAUAAAACAAAAAACAUGAUAAUUAU